UGUAUGUCACAUUAUUAUUGAAGGUCAUUUUAAAGAGUUGGGUAUAUACUUCAUAUUAUACUUGCAUGCACUGAAUUCUCUCCUUGAGCUUUUAAUCAGACGUACUGACUUAGGCACAGAUGAGUUUCCUUGGACACACCCCGAGGCCAUUUAACAUACUCUCUUGCGCAGGUAUUCUCAUAUGGUCCGAAUCAGUCUUCAGUCCAAGAAUAAAGGUCAAAGUCUUGAUCACAUUGUUUCACUCGAAAAACCAAAUAUAGAUGAUUAUUGUACAUAUAUAACUUAUCUCCUUCAAUUUCCAUUGCAUUUCACAAUGUAUAAAACCAAAAUGUAUAAAACCAAAAUUUUGCCUCCCCAUUUAAUAGGAAAAAAAAAAAAAUCUUGUUCCUCUAUGGUAUUUUCGUUUUGGGUUGAUACAAUACAUCUUGGCAGGCCAUAGGCCCAAUACAAAUGCAAAAUCCACGAAUAAUAAGAUAAACCUGAAGUCAUCCUCAUCAACAUGGACCGACCCAUUUCAAUUCGACUGCAAAUCAUUAGAAACCCAAAAAAACCAGAGAAUCCGGGAAGCCAUUGCAGCAGCAGCAGCUCAAAAAUAUUACAAUGAUGAAGAAGCGUUUGUUCUGUUCUCAAGCUUCAAUUCAAAUAGAAAACACUGUUAAAAACACUAAUCUCAGCAAAAAAUGGAGAAUUAAGCAAGUUAAAAAGUCCAAUUUUAGUCAAGUAUUAGAAGAAAUGAAGCCCCACAUUUCAAAUUCCGAUUUUAUUGCAGUUAGUCUGCAAAAAACUGGUUCUUAUUCAUCGCCAUGGCAAAGGGUUCUUCCUUUUGACACCCCCGAAAUCGCCUAUUUGAAGGCAAAGCGUUCUUCAGAGAAUUUUCAGCUUCUUCAGUUUGCUAUCUGCCCUUUUACUCUUAGGGCUUCUAAGCUUACUGCUUACCCAUAUAAUUUCCACCUAUUUCCAAGGGAUGAACUGAAAUUUGGGGUGCCUUCUUACACUUUUGCAUGUCAAACAUCGUAUUUGACAUCCAUGGCUCGACUCGGUUUCGAUUUUAAUUCCUGCAUAUAUGAUGGGAUCUCAUAUGUAUCCAGAGCUCAGGAAUCAAGUAUGAAACGACAUUCAGGAAAUUCAAUGCUGAGGGCAAAUGCUGUACAAGCUUUGCCAGCCACAUCAGUUGCUGAUGCUGUAUAUAUUGAGAGAAUCAGGUCACGAAUUAAGACCUGGAAAAGUGCUUGCAAAGACUCAAAAAGGCUCCAAGAAGAUCCAUUGGUCAAAGCUCUGAGAAAAGUUGUUUUGGGUGAACAUGGAUCCAGACCUUGUCUUGACGUGGAUGUUUGCAGUGAGCGCCAAGUGCAACUUGUCCUUGAGCUUAUGAAAGAACACUCUGAUGACAUUGUCCCUCUGUUAAUCCCUACAAAACGUGGGGGCAUUCAAGGGCUUCGGAUGGUUUUGACAAGUUCGAAAGAGGACAAAAUUCUUUUUGAGAAAGAACUUCAAGAUCUGGAGGAGGGGCAAGUCAAGAAUAUUCGUGGAUUUCGAGAAGUGAUUGAUCUGAUUUCUGCUUCAGGAAAACCUGUUAUUGCACAUAACUCACUUGAUGAUUUUGCUUUUAUUCACUCAAAGUUUCUGAGCUCUCUACCUCGAAGUAUUGACGAGUUCAAGCACUCUUUGAGCUCUUAUUUCCCCUAUAUCAUCGACAUGGGCCAUUUAAUGAAUGAAUUCAACCCUAGCGGAACCAUGAACAACAUGCCUGCAGCUUCAUCUUUCUUGAGAAACCGGUUUUUUGCACCUAUUGAUAUUGAUAUUCCUCUCAAAGGUACACCAGAUGAGAUGAAUGAAGGGAAGAUCCACGGUCAUAAUGUUUUACAGAUAAGUCAUCUUUUUGCAAAACUCUACUCCAUAGUCAAACGUGGUCAGCAACAUAUUAAUGAGGACAAUAGCUUAGUGCUCAAAAACUUUGCAAACAUUUUUGACCCGUGUAGUAGUCCUCUUGAAAACUUUGAUGAGGAUGUCAGGAUUUCAUCAGGUAGCAUGAUAAGACUGAGCUGCGAUGAUAUAGUCUUCCUAUGGGGAUUCAGGAGCGGUUUGUCAGCUGGAGAUCUGAAAACACUCCUUUGUAGAUCUCAUGAAGCUUUCUCUGCAGAGUUUGAUGUCAAACUAGUGGAUAAGAGCUGUGCAGUGGUUGCCUUUCGGCAACCUGGACUUGCAGGAGCUUUCAUCAAUGCUAUGGGAUCUGGAGGAGCUUGCCAUGAAGGCUUGAUGGAACUGAUUGCUGAGGGUCUGAGAUCAGCAAAUUACGAAACUUACAAAUGUGUGUGUAACAUGAGCAAAUGGGACUCCAAUCUGGCUGAUUCUUUGGACCAAGUAAUGAUGUCAGCUGACCAAUUUCCUGUUGAUAGUUAUGAAAGAAGCCCAUAUGAAAUCUGGUGGGAUGACAAUACUGUCCUCAACCUUGAUGAUGUAUAAUUAUAUGAACAUUGGGUUUAUGUAUAUUCAAUUAUUCCAUCAAGGCAGAAAACUGAAACCAAUGCUGAACCGUGAGUGUUGUGCUUGGUCUCUAUCUCUGACAAGACAGAAAACUGAAGCCAACGCUUAUUAUUCUGAACCCGAAAUCAUGAUUUCAACGGACGAUGGGUAACAGAACUUACCCUGUUACAAAACUUCAGGACCUGAAGAAGUGAAAGGACCAGCUGUUGAUCGGCAACUUGCACUUUCUUUGCUGAGUAACCAUGCUGAUGCUAUUGCAGCGAAAUCUGUAUGGUAUUCAUUUAUUCUUUCAUCACCCCUUUAGUGUGGGAUAGGAUAUACUCCUUGUACAACAUCACUUGAUUUUGAUAUAAUUAAUUUGUUUUUUAUUCUCUGAGUGAACAUUGUAAUUUGUUCUUGGGAGUUCAAGUGUUGGGGGGUCAGUUCAGAAGAUAUCAAGUGGUCUAUCACAUUAAAGAUUGUUUAGUUUGGCAUGUAUGGAGGACUUGUAUUACUUGAAUACUUGAUUGCCGAUAUUAUUUCAAGUAACAUGAUUGGAAUA